AUGCAUUCCACCCGCUUUUACCGCUUCCCACCCACCUCUCUCUGUCUCCGUGGUAAUUCUAUCACCAGAACAAUAACUGCUAACGUAAAGGUUUUGCGACUAACCAAACCACAGAAUCCACCGUGGGAACAGGCGUCGUGGGAAAUUUCUUUUUUUAUCUUUCCUUUUUCGGGCUUUCUUUCUUUUUCUUCGCUUUUCUUUCUUUUUCUUCACUUUUCUUUCUUUCCUUUUUCUCUCUUUCUCAUUGUCUUUCUUUCUGUCACUCUUUUUUCUUCUUUUUGUUUCUCUUUGUGCGUUCCUUUCGUUCUUUCUUUUUCUCUUUCUGCUUUUUUUGUCUCUCGUUCUUUCUGUCUCUCUUUCUUUCGUUCUUUCUCUUUCUAUUUCUGUUUUUCUGCCUCUCGUUCUAUCUGUCUCUCUUUUCGGUCUUUCUGUUUUUCUUUCUGUCUCUCUUUCUUUCGUCCUUGCUGGCUUUUUUUUCUGUCGGUCUCUUUUUUAUUUCACUCUAUCUAUCUUUCUUUCUGUCUCUUUUACUGUCUCUCUUUCUUUCCUUUAUUCUGUUUUCUUUGCUUUUCUUUCUAUUUUUUGUGUCUUUUCUUUUGGUUUUCUUUGUCUUUCUUUCUGUUUUUCUUUCUCUCUCUCUCUCUCCAUCUUUCUUUCUUCCCGUCUUUCUUUCUGUUUGUAUGUCUUUCUCUCUUUCUCUCUUUCUUUCUCUCUCUCUCUCUCUCUCUCUUCAUCACUUAUCUCAACCUAUCUAUUUUUGUUAGCCUAUAUCUGUUUCAAUCUGUUUAUUCUGUCUGCUCGACCAUCUGUACGUCUGUCAAUUUGUGA